UUUGUUUCAAAGAUCAAAUGGUUACCCAAUUCUCGUUCUUUUCUCUACCAAUUCAAAGGGUUUGUUUCUCUAAAUUCUACAGAGAGAAAAUUCCAAUUACCGGUUACCAUGACAACGACGGGGAAAAGAAGCACUGGUAAUUUAAUGGUCACUUCGUUCAAUUAUCAUCACCUUUUUUGGCUACAGUUUGGAAAAUGGAAGCAAAAAAUUGAGUUUACGUUUUGUGUUGCGAAAAAAAGAUUUUCAUCUCUGUGAUGAUUUUCUGUAAAUGGAUCCGAGAAUUGAUCAGAUCCGAUACCCGAUUCCGGAGAAAACAAUGAAAAGGUGUAAAUUCUAAUUGUCAACUGGUUUUUAUUUUUUCCAAUUGAAUCGAUUUUGUUUGUCAAGAAAAAAAAAAUGAAUGAUUGUGAUCAAUUGGCUCAAGCAGCUUCUAAACUUGACUACCUGUGGGUUGCUCGUUGGUUAGAUGAUAUUGGUUUACCACAAUUUAAAGAGAAUUUUCUAAACACCAGGAUUGAUGGUUCACGAUUACAUAAAUUAACUAUUCAAGAUUUGAUUCAAUUAAACAUUACCAAUAAGCUACACUAUUGUAGCAUCAGAAGAGGUAUACAAGUUUUAAGGGAGCAAAAAUUUGAAGCCAAUUGUUUGGAAAGACGAUCUGUUUCUAAUGAUAAAAUGGAUGGAAUCAAUUAUAAUCCAUCUUCUAUUGCCUUAUGGACUUCUCAUCGAGUCAUGGAAUGGUUAAGAUGUAUUGAUCUCUCCGAAUAUACUUCAAGUUUAAGAGGUAGUGGUGUUCACGGUGCUCUUAUCAUUCAUGAACCUGCAUUUGAUGCUGAUCUGUUGGCUUCACUUUUAGGAAUUCCAAGUUCAAAAUCUCUCCUAAGAAGAUACAUUUACACCAGUUUAAACAAUUUAAUUGGACCCGAACUUGUUCAGGUUAAAAAAGAUUAUCGCUCAAAGAAUUUAUCUCCAAUAAUAUCCACAAAAAUAUCUAAACAAAAAGAUAACCUGAACAAAUUGAUGAACUUUUUGGUAUCGAUUAAAACAAGUCGAUUUAAUUUACUGAAACGACGGAGUAAACCCGAAUUCCAAUCCAAUGAACUGGUCUGUCCAAUGGUCAAUUCCGUCGAUAACACAUCAUGUCCAGUUCAUCGUAAACCAAACACUCCUGUUAAAGUUAACAACGUUUCAAAUGGUGAUCACAACAAUUAAAUGGCAUUUAUAUCAACAAUAUAUUUAUAUAUACAAUAUCAAUUGUAAAUUAUUUUACUUCAUUUUCCAAAAAUUUAUAUUCAACAAUUAACUUAAUUUAUAUAUAUAAUCAAUCACUUCAAAGGAAAGUCAAGAAAACUGUUAUUUUAUCAAUAACUUUUAAUUACACCACCAAAACACCAAAUUAUUUGGUGAUAAGUUUUAAUUUGAAAACUUGAUUAUCAAUAUAUUUUGAUGAGAGAAUCACUUAUAUAUAAAAAAAAAUAAUAUAACAACCUAAAUGUAAACUUUGUCUUUAUUGACAAUUUGAUUAACCAAAGAAAUUAAUUUUCCCCAAUUAAUUAAAUGUCAUAUGAAAUGAUCAGAAA